AUGAAAUCAAUGCAUGAUGUGGGAUCAGGCGCUGCUGCUACUCCUGAUGCAGCGGCAGCACCUGAAACACCAGUGCCCCUCCCGGUAGGACGAACCGUUGAGUCGGGUACAUUGCCAAUACGACGACAUUUCAGUAGCAGCAGCAGUAGUAGUAGCACAAGUGGCGCCUCUGUUGCCUCUCAGUGGGCAGCCGCACCAGUGGUUUCAGGUUCUGGAGAGGAGGACGCUUCUGGGGGGCCCCCUGCCCUGUUUUCUGCCCUGACACCCCAGAUGCCCCUCGUCAGUAUACUGCACUCGCGUGCCUCAGAUAUACUGCAGCAGCGGCAACACAAAAUGGCGGAACAAGGCAUGCAGAAGGCCCCAAUCGGAGGGUUUUCAGGGCGCAUGGGAGUGUCAAACCAGAGUCGAUUCAGGGAUCUGACUGCCGGAAACAAAAGCAGGGGAGAUCCCUUCAGGCAAAUUACACCGGAAGAGCUAAGUGCGCACCACAGUCGGAGCGACUGUUGGGUGGCCUUAGAGGGCGUCGUGUAUGACAUAUCCUCCUACCUCCGCUUUCAUCCAGGGGGCUCUCAAGUACUCCUGGGGGUAGCGGGGAGAGAGGCGUACUCCGAAUUCGUUAAAUACCACCCCUGGGUCAAUUAUAGGUUUAUUUUAGAGAACUGCAGAGUAGGAAUUUUGACCACAAACGCAUCUGCCAAGAGCACUGAGGCCCACCUUCUUCCAGGGUUCGCUCAACCAUCAAGCAAACCCCAAAGGCGCUGCAAGGACCCCCUCCGAAUCGCGCUUGAGCAGCCUGGAGGCGAAACUCCCAAGGGGCUACUUUUGCCCACCCCCGAAGGCUGCGAUGAGGCUGAGGAGGGGUCACCUAGGACUCCGCAGUUUGGAGACCUUUAA